AUGUCGUCUAUUGGAGUUGCUAUUAUUGGCAGUGGCAUCUUUGCCCGGGAAGAGCACUUGCCCGUAGCCCGCGCCUCGCCCGAUUUCGCGCUCAAGGCGAUUUAUUCCCGGUCCCUCCAGUCCGCACAGAACCUCGCCUCUGGAGUCGAGGGCGUAGAUCUAUACUCGGAGGAUGCCGGCGCCGGCAGAAGCUACGCGGACCUCCUAGCUCGGGAGGACGUGCAAGCUGUCAUCAUCGCGUUGCCGAUUCUCGCCCAGCCUGAGUACAUCAAGCAGGCUCUUUCCGCCGGGAAACACGUCCUGUCCGAGAAGCCCAUUGCCAAGGACCUGGCCACCGCCCAGGAGCUGCUGCAGUGGUACACGGCCAACAUUGACACCAGCAAGACCCUCUGGGCCGUCGCGGAGAACUACCGCUACCUGGCCAAGUUUAUCCGGACCGCAGAGGAGGUCCGCAGAUUGGGCGGCGUGAAGAACUUCCGCGUGAGCGUGCGCAGUCUGAUCAAGACCGACUUCAAGUACUACAAGACGGACUGGCGGCGGACCCCCGCCCACCAAGGCGGAUUCGUCCUGGACGGCGGCAUCCACCUCGUCGCGGGCCUGCGGCUGAUUCUCGGAGAGCAGGAGGCGCUGGCCUCCGUGUCCGCGCAGUCGAGUCUCCUGCAGGAGUAUCUGGCGCCCGUGGACACCGUGGACGCCGUGGUGCGGACGAAGUCCGGCGCAUCGGGCGCCAUCACCAUGUCGUAUGGGUCGGCGUUCAACGACUUUGUAUUCGAAUUCGACUGCGCGCAGGGUGCGGUGACGCUGAAUUUCGACCGGGUCACGGUCAAGGGAGAGGGCUUCGAGGUGCCGUUUGAGGGCCGCGGAGUGAACCACGAGGUGGCUGGGUUCGCGGCAUCAAUUCGGGAUGGUGUGGUGCAGGCCUUGUUGCGACCGAAACAGGCGCUGGCGGAUUUGGAGGGGUUAGUCUCGCUUAGCGAAGCCACUAGGGCGAGUCUUGCUCGGGCGGCCAAACCUGAAGCGCGAAAUCUCGAGACCGAAUUUCGACCCCUACGACAACUCCCAGCGCCAGCCCGCGAGAAGACGACAAGGUAUAUGGUCCUCGCAAAGAAGCACGUCCCCAUCGUCAAGAAGCGCACCAAGCGUUUCUUCCGCCACCAGUCCGACCGCUUCAAGUGCGUGCCGGAGUCAUGGCGCAAGCCCAAGGGUAUCGACAACCGCGUCCGUAGACGCUUCAAGGGCAACAUCCCCAUGCCCUCGAUCGGUUACGGAAGCAACAAGAAGACCAAGCACAUGAUGCCCUCCGGCCACAAGGCUUUCCUCGUCCACAACCCCAAGGACGUCGAGCUUCUUCUCAUGCACAACCGCACCUACGCUGCUGAGAUCGCCUCCGCCGUCUCUUCCCGCAAGCGUGUCGACAUCAUUGCCAAGGCCAAGGCUCUCGGCGUCAAGGUCACCAACCCCAAGGGCCGUGUCACCACUGAGGCUUAA